UUGUUAUGGUUUUUAAUUUUUAAAGUUGGAAGAAUGGAGCCUAAAAGAAUGGGUUGAAAAUAGUUUAUGAUAUACUGGUUUUAUAUGAUUGAUUAGGUCACAUUGAUUACUUAUUUAGGGUGGUUUUAUUCAACUAAAUUUGGCUCGUCCAAACUUAUAAUAAACAUAAUUAAGAACUUUGUUAUUUAGGCUUGUUCAACUUGAUUUAGCUGGUGAAUCAUCUUGUGCACUUAUAUAGUUUGCUAAUCCGAAUUUAAAUUUGUUACACAUACUCUAAAAAAAGACAAUCACUUAUCAAUUAUCAUCUUGACUCAUCUUUAAGUACUUUAUAAUGAGUGAUUUACCUUUUAUUUCCGUCUAUAUAUCAUGUCUUUUUUACCCUCUAGGCCUCUACCCAAUAAAAUUGUGAAAAAAAACAGGCCGCUUCGUGGAGCAGCCCACUGGGUUUCUUUAAGGGUACUAACCGGUCCGUUAGUCCGGCUAGUUUCCCAGCCCGCCUGAACCCGUCCACUAAGCCUCUAAUACAGUUUAUACUCCUAUUUUAGGUGCGAGAAGUUGAUAGCCGUACUCAAAAUUUAAAUCAAACACUCCCGCUCUCUCCCACACGACACACACACUCUCUCUCUCUUUCUCUGUGUUCGCCCCAGAUUCACUACUACGCCGUCUUGCUGCUCCAGGUUCAUGGAACAUCAUCAACAGUACUGAAUUGGUGGUUUGAUUGGUUUGGUUCAAACAAUAAAAGAAAUGGAAGGAGUGUACAAGGAGCUAGAUGAACUGAAAGCGGAGCUGGAGAAGCUGAAAGAAGAAUAUCGGAUCAAAACCGAACUUUCUGAGAGUCUAAGGAGAGCUCACUCGGACCAACUGGCCAAAAGUCAUGAAGCAAAGUUGCAGAUAGAAAAGCAGGCAAAGGAACUGAAUGACAAAUCAGAGGAGUUAGUUGAAUCAAGGCAGCUCUAUGAAGAGGUCAAAUCUAAAAUGCAUGAAUUGGAAUCUUCUCUUAAGCAAGUUAGUUUCGUUAAUGACAAAAUCCGGAUUGAUACUGGUGAGAAAGUGCUGAAAUUGGAAGGGGAAAACAAAAAAUUGGUGUCAGCAUUAGAGGAAGCAACAGGAAUAAAUGACGACUUGGGGAGGAAGCUUUGCGCUUGCAAUAAAGAGAUUGAAGGCUUAAAAAACCUUCUAUCUGACUCACAAAGGAAGUGCUUAGAAGCAGAAGAAAAGGCCCGAGCAGGAAGGGAACUGAGACACAGAGAGGAAGUUAUAUCGAAAUUGGAGGAGCAAAGUAUGAGCAUCCAAGAUCAACUGAAAUGGAAAAAAGAGCAGUUUGAACAUCUCGAAGAAGCUCACAAGCGGCUUCAAGACUUGUUCCAGUCGAGCAAGAAGGAGUGGGAAUCUGAAAAAUCGGAUAUGUUGGAAGAGAUAACGGCAUUGCAGUUCAAAUUGGAUUCUCAACUUAGAAUCACCGAAAGCCUUGAAUCCCGGCUAAAGAUGUGCAAUCAAGCUCUCGCACAGGAGGAAAGCAGAAGGAAGACAUUGGAAGUUCAGUUGUCAGAAUCAAAACAGUGUUUCGAAAAUGUUUUAGCAGAGUAUGAGGAAGCCAAAGAGAAGAUUGAAAGCCUCAGCACCAAACGUGAUGAAGAUAUUGCAGAUUUGAGGAAUUCGCUUGGGAUGAAAGAAAUACUAUUGAAGGAGAUGGAGUACAGGGUUACCCACCUUGAACUCGAGAACAAGGAGCUCCUUGGAUCUUUGAAAGAGCUACGGGAAGCACAAAUCAACAAGAGAAAACCGGAUCCUUCUCUCAGCAAGCUUCGCAACAAGCUUAAAGAUUUAGAGCAGCUGCACAGCAAUUGCUCUCUGGCUUUGGAGGAAAGUGAAGCCGCAUGGAACUCCAAGAUGGAGAAGUUGUUGGGACAUAUGAAAUGUUAUGAAUCUGAUUUGAAGAGACAAAGUGAACAAGUAGACCAACUGAAGAUGCAGUUGGACGAUUGUCAUUCUGCAAUGGAGGUUUCAGGUGAAGAGAUUUCCAUAUUGCUCUUGAUGAUGAAGUCUGAACUUUGUGAUGCUUACUCUAAGCUCUUCAAGUCAGAGGAUCAGAUUGAAGCAUUCAACAAAGAAAGAGGAGAGAAAAAUGCAGUUUCUGCUCAGCGUUUGGAGAUGCGAGACUGCUCUCCACUGAAAGCUCAAGCUCAUGCCAAUCAGGCCCACGAGGACAUUGCACUGAUGACUCAAAAGCUGGAAUCGAUGAAGUUGCUGGAAGAACGUGGUACCUUUCUGGAGAGUGCACUUACAGACCACAAAAAGAUGCUUGAAGAGUCAUCCGACUGCCAACUUCGGUUGAAAGAACAAGUUAGCGAGAUGGAAGUUGCUCUCAAGAAUUUGUCUAAUGCACUAGAAAAAUCAAAUUCUGAAUUGGCGGCCAAGAUAACUGAGGCUACACAGACAGAUAUGGAGCUGCAAUCAUGGAAAUUUAAAGCAGAAAGCUUUAGAACAUGCCUAGAACAAAGUCGGGAGGUCUGUAAGCAAAUGGAGAAGUCCCUUCUUGAACAAGUUGAGACAGAGCAGAGUCUUAGAAAAGAGAAUGGGUAUUUUCAAUGCAAAACGACAGAACAAGAGAACGAAAUCAAGGAUCUCCAGCAAAAGAUCAGUUCUCUGGAUCUAGAGUUGGUGCAGAAAGAAGAAGCUACAGAGGCAAUGAAAAUGAAAGUGGUAGAAGCAUGCAAGAAAGGUGAGCAUUAUGUCAAAAUCUUAAAAGAAAAGGACGCUACAGUUGAAAAGCUUCGGAAAAACAUAGAAGCAAUGGAGAAGCAAUCCAUGUUAGAAAUCAAGGAUCUCCAGCAAAAGAUCACUUCCCUGGAUCAAAAGUUGAUGCAGAAAGAAGCAGCUACAGAGGGAAUGAAAUUGGAAGUGGUGAAAGCACACAAGAAAAGCGAGCACUUUGACAAAAUCCUAAAAGAAAAGGAUGCUACACUUGAAAACCUUCAGAAAGAGAUAAAAGCAAUGGAGGAACAAUCCGUGAAUAGGGAAUUAACAGCAGCUGAAUCUGCCAGAGUAGAAGCAGAAACCAAGUUUAAACUCGAAAAGGAAGAACUGUGUAGGACCAUCAUAACAGAAAAGGAUGAGCAGAUGAAGUGUAUUAAGGAUUUCGCUUCAUCACUGGAGCAGGAUUUCAUGGAAGUGGCUCUCUUUUCCUUCUCACGAGGUAUAGAAGAUACGGUUAAGAUAGUUGCAGUUCAAGAUGCUUUAAAGAAGUCUGAAUUCCACAUGAACACUGAGAUAGAAAGCAGAAACAGCACAAUUGAUAUACUGAAAAAAGAGGUCAGUAAUUUACACGGAAGAAUGUUGCUCCAGGAGGAGUCUUUGCUUCAAUCAGAACAAUCAGUCAAAGAGCUAGAAGCUCAGAUAGAGUUUAGGAAGCUAGACGCAGAGAAAUCGUUGAACCAAUUAAGCGAGGAGCAAACUAAGUUGAAGGAAGUAGUGAAAGGUUUUGAGCAAGAGAAGGCGGGUGCAGCAAGCAGCAUCAAACGUUUGUCUUUUGAAAGGGACAACCUGCUCGCUUACAUCGAAGAAAUUUGUGAGCAAUUUGGUGACUUUUGCACAGAAGAUGUAAAACUUCGGGGAAUGUUGGGGAAAAUAUUGCACAACUCUGACAAAGAUGAUCAUUACUCAUCUGAUGAUAUAAUAUCAGAUAAAUUUUCUGAUCUUUUGCAUAUGGAUGUGAAGAAGAAUGUUGGAGCAACUCACGAUCGAUCACCAUUAAGAGAGAUCAACCAAUAGAGAUUGUAAUAUGAAUAUUUAUGCCAUUCUUUCAGUUCCUUAGUUGUGUAACAAGUUUGCUUGAUUGUUUCGAAUGUUGUUGUCAGAGAACUAAAGAGUAUGUAGUAACAAUUAGUUUCCUGUUAGAUGAGAAUGUAACAUCUUAAAUUAUGUCACUUGUAUCACUAAAACGUAACAAUAAAUUGGAUGCAUUGUUUUCUACUUA